AUGACUUUGGCUUCUCCUUCAAUUUCGAGGACUGUGUUGUUUCCUCGGAAAGUUUCUUCAAUUGCAUUUGCCAUCGGUGGAUUGGUUUCCUUCAUCAUCUUCGCUUCUCUGCUUCUUUUCACGCAUCCCAUUGGUUCCUCUGUUACUGGGUAUAUCUACGGAACUGAGACCACUCAACAUGUGGAGUUUCACCAUAGUAGCGACGAUAUUCAUACUUCUGAUCCAAACCCAUCUCCUGAUUCUAUCUCAGACUCAGAGUCACCGCCAUUGACACAAGAUAGAGAGGAUAAGGUGCUUCCUGUUUCUUUGGAUCCCAAUGAUUCUCAGGGUUCCAAGGAUUCGAAUGAUUCAAAGGAUUCGAGUGAUGUUAGAUUAGGUGAAGAAACAAACUCAGGAAGUUCUACAAAUGUUUCCAUUGAUGAAGAAGCUACACAAGAUUCAGUAGAUGCAGAAUGUGAUCUGUACCAUGGAAACUGGUUUUAUGAUCCAAUGGGACCAUCGUACACGAACAACUCUUGCCCACUUCUGACACAGAUGCAAAACUGUCAAGGCAAUGGAAGACCUGACAAGGGCUAUGAGAACUGGAGAUGGAAACCGUCUCAGUGUGAGCUUCCAAGGUUCGAUGCCAAGAAAUUUCUCGAGCUAAUGAGAGGCAAGACGCUUGCUUUUAUAGGCGAUUCUGUAGCUCGUAAUCAGAUGGAGUCCAUGAUGUGCCUUCUUUGGCAGGCAAGCUUCUUUCUGCUUCAAGAGUCAUCUAAAGUAAUGAUAGCUCGUAUGUGGUCGUCUUGGCUAGUCCAUCAGUUCAACGAACCGUUUGGUUUUGCUCCAGAAGGUGUAACCAAACUCAAGCUAGACCAACCCGACGAGCGCAUAAUCGAGGCUCUUCCGAAAUUCGACGUGGUUGUACUCUCAUCGGGCCACUGGUUCGCGAAACAGUCUGUCUACAUUUUAAACGAAGAGAUCGUCGGAGGCCAGUUAUGGUGGCCGGACAAAUCAAAACCGGCGAAGAUCAACAACGUUCAAGCAUUUGGGAUCUCUGUAGAAACAAUCAUAAAGGCCGUAUCUAAUCACCAAAACUACAAAGGCCUAACCAUCUUGCGGACUUGGUCGCCUGAUCAUUACGAGGGCGGCGCGUGGAACACGGGUGGGUCGUGCACGGGUAAAGAAGAGCCUCUCUCUCCAGGGAAGUUGGUUAAAAACGGGUUUACGGAGAUAAUGCACGAGCAGCAAGCGACGGGGUUUCAACGAGCUGUUGCAGCGGAUGAUGGUAAACUCGGCGAAAGAUCGAAGAAGGUGAAGCUAAUGGAUAUCACUGAGGCUUUUGGGUAUCGCCACGAUGGUCAUCCUGGUCCGUACAGGAGUCCUGACCCGAAAAAGAUCACCAAACGUGGACCAGACGGUCAGCCUCCGCCGCAAGACUGUUUGCACUGGUGCAUGCCCGGGCCGGUGGACACGUGGAACGAGAUGGUGCUGGAGAUUAUAAGGAGAGAUACGAAAGGUGGAGGAAGUUGA